AUGGAUGCCCCAAACAGCUCGCCAGACCAGGAAAAGAAGGAGACCGGCAGCCAAGAAAAUUCUGAUCAUGCUCCUCCAUUGCUCUCCCGCUCGCAACAGGAAGCAGAAAAAAGACAUACCUUGGUGACCGAACCCUUACAACCUAUUUUGAAGGUGUUAGCAGACCUCGAACGCGACGAUCCCAAGUUCGCCUUUCCAGUGGGUCGUCGACUCGUCGCACUCUAUCGACGGCUAUGGGAGUCGUGCGUGUCCAGGCACAUCGAUGGCCGGAAGCUAGAGCGGGGCAAUCAGAUCUUGAAGGAGGCUGGCAACACACCUGAGCAAAAAGAGGGACGGUCUUCAGCAUCGCCACGAUAA